AAAAUAUUUUUUUGUAUUAAGUGUGAUCUUUGAAUGAUCUCCAUUAAUGAUAAGGGGCAGAAAUAAAACAACUCCAUUACUAUCAUAUAUAAUAAGCUAAACUGUCUUUUAAGAUAGGAUAGUUAAACAUGAAUAUAUAUGAAUCAUUUUCUACAUGUAGAAUUAUUUACAUUAAUUUGAAAUUUCAAUUUAUGGCUGUGUGAGAGCAACGAAUUCGAAUUCGUAAAUGACAGAUUGAAAAUUUAAUCCUAUACACAGAUUUUACGUUCAUAAUUUGUAUGAAACAGAUCUUUGGUCUUCCAGAAUGGAGAUUUAAAAAAGGGAGCGUUUGAUUACAUUGCAAUUAUUUACAGAAUUUACAAACAUGAUGAAAAAGAGAGAAAGAAACUUUGUUGCAUAUAACUGCAUAAUUUCUUCUCCUGUAUACACUUUAUUUUGAUUAAGUGGUUUGAACCGUAUUUGACCGUAUAUUUUUGAUGGUGGUCUAGCUUCCUAUAUAUAGAAAUGGUCUUUUAAUUGCAUCCAAAUCACUCGAGUAUCAAUAGAGACUUAUAGUAUUUCAAGUCUGUGACCCAUACAGCUCAAUAAUUUGAUCGGUAAAACAGCAUAACUCCAGCAUUAGUUUUCUGGAUUACAGAGGGCAGUAAAGUACGGAACAACACGCGAUGGUUGACAGCUCCUAAUUUUUUGUAUACGCGUACGCGACAUUGCAAUGUUGCAUCCGUACAACAUAAGUUCCCUUGUUGUUGGUAUUUAUGCGUAGUCAUUAUUCCAAUCCAACAUGCAGGAAAUAUGAUAAUCACCCAUAUGGUCUAGGCUGUUUGAUAAUAACAUGUUGCUAAUAUAUGAUAAGUCGUGUAAGUCUGCAGGCUGUUUUAAAGUAAGGCUCGCCGGGCGAACAAUCGGUGACGGAUUACGAAAGGUUUACAACAGCGAGGAAACGCAGAAGAUGAUACAUAUGUCGUAAAGUAACCUAGCCGACAAUUUUUCUGCUUGACCUCCGUGCGGACGAGCGUCCUAUCCACUCUCACCAGUGCAACAAGAAACAGCUAACAUGAUUGGAGUAUAUCAUUUGGGAUUAUACUUAUUACUAUUCGAAAACUGCUUCGGCAAUUAUGCCAGGUGGAAUGUGCAACUGUUAUGCCCCGACUUGUAUCCACGAGUGUUCACAAGUUAUUUGCCUCGCGGAAAUUUGACUGGUGGAACUUACACGCAACAAAUUCGCCUGUCGAACAUACAGGAUUGUGUUAUGGCCUGUUGCAAAAAAUCCCUAUGUAACGUAGCAUUUAUGCAUAAUAGCACGUGUUAUCAUGUGGAGUGCGAGAAUUCCAUGGUAUGCGUGCCACUGUACAGGCCCGAAUUAGCGAAUGAUAAUCCACCGAGCAUGGUACUUAUCAGACCCGUAGAAAGUAACAAAGUGUGGAGUGAUUUCUUGGAUCAAGUCAUUGAGGACAAUGUCGGGACCUUGAGUACAGAUGGUACAGAGCAAGAGCAAGUACUGUUUAAUGAACCAAACGGAAUCAAUUGUAUGGAUCAAUCAGGUUGCCUGGAUAAUGAAAUUUGCGUAAAACAUGAGGAUACCGAUAUUGGAAUUUGUCAAUGUCCUUCGGGCUUCAAGCAGAAUAUUGCUGGCUCUUGUUUAUUAAUAGAUGAAACAGAAGCUGCUGAACUCAGUGUAACGCAACAAGCAAAAAUUCCAACUGUGAAAGAUAUCAGCACAUCGAUUAAACCAACUAUGAAACAAUUGUUAGUUUCGGCAGUUUCUAAAGAAGUGAGAUUACCGGAAAACGAAGUCACAUUGUCCGCUUAUACUGUGCCCGCUGAACGGGGCAAUCAACAUUACAAUUAUGCUUGGAGUUUACUUAGUCAACCAGAGGGACAUACUGGAACAAUGACAGAUCAGAAUCGUGUUACCGUUAAAUUAAGCAAUUUAUCGGAAGGCCUGUACACAUUUAAAGUAGCUGUAAGCAGUCCGAAUGCUUAUGGAGAAGCUUAUGCCAAUGUCAGCGUUUUGCCACCAAAACGUAUCAACCAAGCACCAAUUGCCAUUAUUACUCCUGCCUCGCAAAUAGUGAAACUACCGAAUACCGGUGCAGUCUUGGAUGGUUCGAAUAGCAAGGAUGACGAUCGUGUCAUCUCUUAUCACUGGGAAUUGCAACAAGGUCCGAUUGGAUAUCAGCCUAACCUUGUGGAUACACCUACGCUUCAAUUAGAUAAUCUUAUUGCUGGAAAUUACACAUUCAAAUUAACGGUUGAAGAUUCAAAUCAUGUUACAAAUUCGACAAGUGCCAAUAUAACUGUCCUGAAAGUGACUGACUAUCCCCCCAGUGCGAACGCAGGACAAGAUGUUAUCAUUUAUCUACCACAAAAUACAUUGACGCUUAAUGGUAACUUAAGUACUGAUGAUCGAGGAAUAGCCAAUUGGGAAUGGACCAAGAGUCCAUCUGACCAGAAUAAAGCAGUAGAUAUGCAGAACACAAGAACACCUUACUUACAAUUAUCAAACUUAGAGGAAGGAAUGUAUACGUUUGUACUUAAAGUAACAGACGAUUCUGAGCAAUCUUCCACAGCGGAAGUACAUGUGUUUGUAAAACCUCCAACAAAUAAACCACCAAAGGCUGAUGCUGGUGACGAUAUAAGCAUAGCAUUACCAACAACUCGCGCUGUUCUGAAUGGCACAAGAAGUAAGGAUGACAUAAAAAUUGUCUUAUAUCAUUGGGAGCAAGUAAGCGGACCUAAUAACGCUGAAUUUGCCACGGUUAAUGAAUCCAUUACAAAUAUUACAAAACUGACCAAAGGUGAUUAUGUAUUUAGAUUGACUGUUGUUGAUGAUAACGCGAACGCGGAUUCAGAUAUUGUCAAUGUAAAGGUAACACAAAACAAAAAUGCACCGCCAAAAGCGAAUGCCGGUGGAGAUCAAGUUGUAACAGCACCGAUCAGUGCAUUAAUCAUUAACGGUUCUCAGUCGAGCGAUGACCUAAAGAUAGGGCAAUGGCUGUGGACUAGAGAUCAAUCUAGUCUUGCAAUUGGCACUAUAGUUCAAGAUACAGAUAAAUCACCAGUCUUAAUGUUAACAGAUAUAGUUCCUGGUCGUUACGUUUUUCGAUUAAAAGUAACGGAUGAUCAAGGUCUAAGUAGUGAAGACACUGUGUCAGUAAUUGUAAAACCUGAUCCACAAUUAUUGCAUUUAGUGGAAUUAACACUAAACAUCGGGGCUAGCAUGUUAACUGUUUCACAAAAAAAUUCCUUGGUAGUGAAAUUGCAAAUGUUAUUACGAGACGAAGCUUCAAUCAUCGUGCGAAGUUUGAGGGCAGAACCACACACUGGCAAAGCCGUUUUGAUAUUUUAUGUAGAAAAGAAAGGAGGGAAAACAACAUUGUCUGGUCCAGAAGUAGUCAAAAGAUUAAAAGAAAAGUUAUUACAAGAUUCUGGCCUUUUACAGCUAUCAGUUGCUAAUAUAGAUACCGCUGUAUGCCAAAAUAAUUGUUCUGGUCAUGGUGUAUGUGAUCAAGAGACGAGACAAUGCUUGUGCGAAGCAUUUUGGAUGCAAAAUUUAAUACAAAAGUAUUUUGGUAAUGGAGACUCUAAUUGCGAUUGGAGUAUCCUGUACGUGAUAAUAGCAUUGCUAUCAUUAGUUGUAUGUUGGGUCGGAUUUGUUUGGGGUCUCGUUUGCUUGUGUCAAAAGAUGGUAGCUAGUAGAAAACGUUUGCUUCGGCCUAAGAAGAAACCGCGUUAUUCUUUGCUGCAACCGGAGCCAGAAGAUGACAGCAGUGCAUUUUCAACUCACAACAAGAUGGUAUUAUCGGAGUCCGACACGGAUUCUGAUGAUGUUUUAUUUGAGCAUCGUAAGAGUAAAAGUGGUAGUCACAUAAGAAAUGGUAAAUCUCGAAAUGGAUUUACCAAAGCCGGUUCUCGAGUGAAGACAUGAGGAAAAUGUAAUGGUGCAAAGAUUAAUAACGCACAGUCCUGUAAAUUUGGCCAAACUUGAAAUGCUAGUCAGGAAAAUGUAUAUAAGUUUACUUAUGUAUCUUAUAAAAACGAUCAUGAAUCGAUAUUAGUAACAAUGUUCUAAGGAGAUAGAUGAAGUUUAAGUAUUGUUUAUAGAUAUUACACGAUAUUAUACAACGUCACAUUCUACGUCACGUUACUUAAUUCGUCUUAAGUAUCAUUAAUCAAUUUUAUUCCACAUCUAUUAUUAUAUUAUGUGAUUCUAAUUCCGUGAUCCAAUGCGACAAAAUAUGGUAUUGCUUAUAAUCGUCAACCUGUUUGAAAGUUUGUCUAAGUAUUAUUAUGGCCUUAGAAGUAUUUAAAUUAAAAAUUGAUAUGUAGCAAGCACUGUAUCAAAUCUGUAUGUCGUUACAUGUAUCGCUUACUCUUUAAUAUAUACAUUGUCGAUUUUAUUUUUACACUAUAUGGAUACUAAAUAAAAUUUAUUAUCCAUA